AUGGCCGAGAGCAAGUGUCCAGCCACCCGCCUGAUGAACACCGGCGGAGGUGGCACCAAGAACCGCGACUGGUGGCCCGACGCCUUAAAGCUCAACAUUCUCCGCCAGCACACUCCCGUCACCAACCCGUUGGGCCAGGAGUUCGACUAUGUUGCUGCGUUCAAGACCCUCGAUUACGAGGGCGUCAAGAAGGACCUCACAGCUCUGAUGACCGACUCUCAGGACUGGUGGCCAGCUGACUUCGGUCACUACGGAGGUCUGUUCAUUCGUAUGGCGUGGCACAGCGCAGGAACAUACCGUGGCCAGCAGCGAUUUGCUCCUCUUAACAGCUGGCCAGACAACGUCAGUCUCGACAAGGCUCGCCGCCUACUGUGGCCUAUUAAGCAAAAGUAUGGCAACAAGAUCUCAUGGGCCGAUCUCAUGAUCUUGGCCGGUAACGUUGCCCUCGAGUCGAUGGGCUUCAAGACUGCUGGAUUCUCCGGUGGUCGCCCUGACACCUGGGAGGCCGAUGAGUCUGUCUACUGGGGUGGUGAGAACACAUGGCUGGGUAACGAUAUCCGCUAUGCCCACGGCCAUGAGGGCAAGGACGGCCCUGGUGUCGUCGACGGAUCUCAGGACACCAAGUCGGACAUCCACACUCGCGAGCUUGAGGCGCCCUUGGGUGCUGCCCACAUGGGUCUUAUCUACGUGAACCCUGAGGGUCCCGAUGGCAACCCCGAUCCCGUUGCUGCCGCAAGAGAUAUCCGUGUCACGUUCGGUCGUAUGGCCAUGAACGACGAGGAGACCGUUGCUCUCAUUGCUGGUGGUCACUCAUUCGGCAAGACCCACGGCGCAGCCCCAGACAGCAACGUCGCCGCUGAGCCCGAAGGCGCUCCCAUUGAGCAGCAAGGCCUCGGCUGGGUGAACAAGCACGGCUCCGGCAAGGGCCCUGACACCAUCACCUCUGGUCUUGAGGUCACCUGGACUGCCACUCCCACCAAGUGGAGCAACAAGUACCUCGAGUACCUGUUCAAGUUCGACUGGGAGCUCACCAAGAGUCCCGCGGGCGCGAACCAGUGGGUGGCAAAGAACGCCGAGCCCAUCAUUCCCGAUGCCUACGACCCCAACAAGAAGCACCUCCCCACCAUGUUGACUACUGAUUUGUCCAUGCGCUUCGACCCCGAGUAUGAGAAGAUUUCUCGUCGCUUCCUCGACAACCCCGACCAGUUCGCCGAUGCCUUCGCCAAGGCCUGGUUCAAGCUCACCCACCGUGACAUGGGUCCCCGUUCCCGCUACGUCGGCCCUGAGGUUCCCACCGAGGAGUUCAUCUGGCAAGACCCCAUCCCUGAGGUCAACCACGCCGUCAUCAACGACCAGGAUGUCGGAGCCCUCAAGAAGGAGAUCCUUGCCACUGGUAUCGACGGCUCUAAGCUCAUCUCUACCGCCUUCGCUUCCGCAUCCACCUUCCGUGGGAGUGAUAAGCGUGGUGGUGCCAACGGAGCUCGCAUUCGCUUGGCUCCCCAGAAGGACUGGAAGGUCAACAACCCUGGCCAGCUUAAGGAGGUUCUCUCCGCCCUCGAGAAGGUCCAGCAAAAGUUCAACAGCUCCGCCUCUGGUGGCAAGAAGGUGUCUCUGGCCGAUUUGAUCGUCCUUGGUGGUGUUGCCGGUGUUGAACAAGCCGCCCAGAACGCGGGACACAACAUCACCGUUCCAUUCACCCCUGGCCGUGCCGACGCGUCACAGGAACAGACCGACGUUGAGUCUGUUGGCCACCUCGAGCCUAUUGCCGAUGGUUUCCGCAACUACGGCAAGUCAACACGCCGCGUCAAGACCGAGAACUUCUUGGUUGACCGCGCCAACCUCCUCACUCUGACUGCUCCUGAGCUCACCGCUCUGGUCGGAGGUCUCCGUGUUUUGAACACCAACUAUGACGGCUCCAAGCACGGUGUCUUCACUAGCCGUCCCGGUGCUCUGACGAACGACUUCUUCGUCAACCUCCUGGACAUGGGCACCGUCUGGAAGGCCACCAGCGACCCCGACGUCUUCGAGGGCAGUGACCGCAAGAGCGGCUCCAAGAAGUGGACUGCCAGCCGUGUUGACUUGGUCUUCGGCUCUCAGGCUGAGCUCCGCGCCGUCGCCGAGAUCUACGGCCAGGCCGACGGUGGCCAGAAGUUCGUGCAGGACUUCGUCAAGGUCUGGGACAAGGUCAUGAACUUGGACCGCUUCGACGUCAAGAAGGGCUCGAACCUCCCAAGCCGUCUCUAG